AUGAGGAUCAUCAUUCAAAACAGAAGCUUUGAUCCUCUUGAAUCCACUUUUUCAUUGCAUUAUCUAAAACAGAAGAUUGAUCUUUUCGAACUUGCAAAUCUGUUAGAUUGCCUGAAAAAGCAGCUUGAUUUCCCUGGACUUUCUCCCUUAGAGCAUUGUCUGAAAAGGCAACUUGAUCUUCUUAGACUAGUUGUGUUAGUGCUGGUGCAUAGCCUGCAACAGCAGCUUGAUACUCUGUUGGUUCAUUACUGGAAUCAGACAGUGUCUUCCACAGUUUUGGCCCUGAGUUCAAUGGUUAAAAUGGAGGUAGCAACAUUAGUCGCUUCAGAUGAUGCGUUUGAUUCUGGGGCAACACUGGUAGUAAGGAGAACAGUUAGACCUGCAGGCUUCACAGAGUGAUCCUGCGCUUGCUGCAUUCCAGCAGGCCAUGAGGCAUUUCGUGGGACAGCAGAAGAGGAGGUAUGUGUAGCUGUCAGACCGGUACGAAUGUGGUGCACAUUAGGAUAAGGACCCAGGUGAGGACAAGGCAAUGAGUUUAUGUAGCCUGCCGCAGACGAAUUUAUCAAAGAAUCUCAGCAUUCAAUGGGGUAGCAACACGAACCCCAGCCGCAACUGCAGUAGCUUUUGUUACCAAGAAAUAUGGGCUGAGAUUAGUAUUUUUUUAGGUCACUCCAACUUUGGACAAUGGUUCUGAUGUUCCUCAUCAAUGUGCGACAGAUGAAGCUUCAGCAGCAGUAGGAAGUGCAGAGUACUAGGUGUGUUGUUUGAAUCAGUCCCAGCUGUUUCAAAACAAUCAAGUUUGCACAGAACAGUACCUAACAGAAAC